CUUGCUUUCUUUGGCUUGGAUGCUGUCGCGUGCUGGAGCGUCCGUCGUUCCGCGCUCGUCUGCGGCGAUCUCAGCCGCCGCUACUACUGCGUGCAAUAAUUCAUCAUUCGCGCCAUCCAGAUGCUCUCCACGCGUCGUUGGCGCGAUCGCGGGUGCCGAGCGUCUGCUGGCAGCGAAGGGACGCGCGAUGAGCCUGCUUGCUGCCAUGCCCGAGCGAGGACUGCGAGCCAUCACCGCUGCAACUGCUCGGACGACGAUGCCUGCCAUGUUCCAUCAGCCUGGCGCAUCUGUUUUGCAGGGCUGCCGGUUGCUGGACGGCUCUGAGCAGCUGCAAUGGCCUUCCACUCAACGACGAUGCCAAAGCACAGCUGCUCCUCCUGCUCCUGCUGCUACUGCUGCAACUGGGUCUGACUCGACGAACGGGGCCGCAGACCACGCGACCGGACAGGAUGCGUCUGCGAGCACUCAAGCAAUAGACUCCAGGACUGGCCGGCGCUGGGAUUCGACCGAGCGUCUGCCGGCCCAGGUGCACACGUCCGUCCCGGCGAACCGCAACCCGCUCUUUGCCCUACCGAACACAGCGACCGCCAAGGAGCUGGCAGACAUGUCGACAGGCGACUUUUCAAACGCGAUCGUGGUUUGGACCUCUGCCUUUUACCAGCGCAAGGACGCCACGUUUGGGCGCGCCCCGCACCUAGCUUCGUUGCGCCCCGUCUACGGGCGCAUCAAGAACCAGCUUCGAUUGCUGCAAGAUGAACUCGAACGCAGGGCGACAUUGCCCACGGCAUCCCUAGAUGCGGAUGGGGCGAGCGACAGUCUGCGGCAAGCGUCCGCUCUUCAAGGCCUCCGCGAGCGGAUUGUUUCAGCCGUGGACGGGAUUCGCUUUUACGAGGGCGCAGUAUUCUACCAACUUGGGUUUGUGUCUGCCGCUACUACGCUUUGGAGUGAAACCCUCGUGUCUGCAGCUGGCCGCACUGCGUCGUCGCCGCUCACAAUUGAUCCUCGCCUGAUCAUCAGCUUGCUCUUCUCGUUGCGAUUCCGCUCUGGAUUUAUCAACGCCUUUGCCAGCGAGAUUGCUGCGCUGCUACAUUCACCGGCUGCACAAGCUUCUCUGCGACAGUGGUUUAUCGACGGCAGCGGACAGGGAAAUUCGUUUGUAUGCGCGGUUCACGCGUUUGCCUACUUUUCUGGCAUUUUGCAACGACCAGGCAUGACCCCCGCCAGCGCGGGUUACAAUGCGCUUGUGCCAGCCCUCCGCGAUCAUUACCCGCCUGCUCAAGUGCUGUAUGCCAUGUACGCCACACGCAUCCACCCAGAGUUUGAUCUGAAUCGUGUCCGCGAUCUCAGCCAAACUCAGCUGCGCGAGGCGUCGAAUGACGGGUUUGACUAUGCCAUCGCGCGAACCAGCUUCACCCAGCUGUUGGCCCAGGCUGAGCGCUCUGGUGCGGCAAAGCGCCUGAUGGACGCUAUCGAGCACGAUCAUCCCGAGUGUUUGCUCCGCGCUGGCUAUCUUGGCGUGAUUGGCACUCUACCGUUUCCGGGCGAAGGUCGCGGCGACCGAGAUGCCUCUUCUUCGUCGGUGGAGCAACUCCAACGAUCCAAAUCUCGGGCUCUGGCCAUGUUGAUUCGUGGUGCGGCACUCGGCUCGGGCCCGUCUGCCCAUUUGGCAGCCAAAUUCCAACUUUUGGGCUGUGUGCGGCCGGUGGCCAUGUCCCAAAUUCGCCAGCUGCUGCUGAUUUCGAUGCGCAUGAAUGACCCGCUGAAUGCCGUCGAAGCAGUCAACCUGCUGGGCAAGUCGUUUUUAAACCAUCAAAGCGCCAACCUUACCGCAUCCAUCUUGACGGACACGCAGAAGCUGGCGUUGCUCUGCUUCCGGCUGGCCGUCAAUGUUGCAACGAGCGCCAUCGAAACCACUACGGCGCAACUUCAGGCCGUUCGUGCACACAACAUCCAUGGAGGCUCGCUCGCCACGUCCGUGGCCGCUACCGAAGCUAUUUCUGCAGGAUUCCUCGACGAAGGUGGCGCGGACAGUUUUGCCGACAUCACAGCGUCAGCAUCCGGUAGCACGCCCAUAGCUACGCCCACCGCGCAGUUGCAGCACAGCCUGAACGAGCUGUUUGUGCAGCGAGCGACCGCGCACGUUUAUCUGGGCGAAUUUGCUGCUGCAUACGCCGAUGUCACCGCUGCCACCACCCACCCACCCAAGAGUCUUCGAGCGCUCGAGCUGAAGGUUUUCAUCGGCGCUUGGACUCACGCCAACCCCACCUUCAACGCCGACCUCACCCUCACUGGCAUGAUGCCAUUCAAAAAUUCGCUUUCGCCUCUGUACCUCGCUCACAUGUUGGCCUACGGCAACGGUCUGCCGCAGGACAUUCCUCGCGCCUGGCAGAUACUCGUCAAGUGGGCUCAGCCGGCAGACUCGAUUGGUCGACUGUUCCUGUCGCGCACCAUCUUUGAUUUGAGUAACGGUGGCAGCGAUGCGGCCGGUGUGGAGCAGAAUACCAGUGGCAGCAAUAUCAGCAAUAGCAGCAGCAGCAACACCAACAAAAUCAAUGCAAAGCCUUCUCCAAUUCCCGUGAUUACCGACUUCAAAUCGUGGCAAUCUCUGUCCCGAUUCGAUCCCGCUCGUAGUGACGCCGCAACGUUGGAUGCGCGAUUGCAAUCGCCGUCCCCUCCCCCGGCUCUUUUGCACGCUCUCCACCUUGGUACCAUCACUCGCUUCUUUGCGACUCAUUGCCCAUUCAUGGGGUCGAUUGAUCAGUGGGAUACCGUUCUUGCCCUGUUCGAGAUUGUUGUUGCGCGCAACGAAAUGCGCUUUGACGCUCGCGGCCCUCGUCGCGAAAUCGUUUGAACGGGUGGGAUUGCGUUCUUGCAGUACAAGUGUGCCAAAUGAGCUUCAGUGUUGUUGUUGUUGUUGUUGUUUUUGCACUCUUUGACUGAUAAACCAAACAUAUACGGUCGCA